UAUAUACGUAUUAUGCUUAGGGAAAAAUCAGAUUCAAAUAUUAACAAAAUGUUUGGCUGCAGAUAUGAGGAUGAACCAGUGGAACCUGAGAUUGAAGAAGGUGCUGAGGAAGAAGUAGAGAAUAAUAACAAUGAAGACGUUGCUGGAGAUCCUGUUGAAACUGAGGAGAAAGAAGAGCAGCAACCGGUACAGCGCCCUCGUAAGACCUCAAAAUAUAUGACAAAGUAUGAGCGUGCCAGAAUCUUGGGAACCCGCGCUCUCCAGAUCAGCAUGAAUGCGCCUGUGAUGGUUGAGUUGGAGGGUGAAACUGACCCACUCGAGAUUGCAAUGAAGGAGCUUCGGGAGAGGAAGGUACCCUUCACCAUUCGCCGCUACCUGCCCGAUGGAAGUUAUGAAGACUGGGAAGUCGAUGAAUUGAUUGUGGAAGACUCCUGGAAGAGGCAAGUGGGAGGUGAUUGAUCUUCUUUUGUAUUAGUCAUUAUUGAUGGACUCUAGAAGUUAUAUAUGAUGUGCACUGUAAUCUUGUAUAGCUCUCUUCUGUAGUCCAGAAAAAAAAAAGUGGGGGAAUCGAAACUUCUUAACUUCUUGAUUGUAAUCCUUUAAUGGUGCUGUAGUUAAUAUUAUGUUAUUGACUUCGACUUCUUCUUUGGGUGGUAUAUAAAUGCACUUUUUGCGUGCAA